GUCUUCAAGCGCAGUUAACCGUCGUACACGAUCGUAUAAACACACACGCGCACACUUCUGCCGGACCACACCACUCACGGACGACGACCGUGUACAAUAUUACAAUAAUACUAUAUUUUAUUGUAUUGACCAUAAUAUUUUCGACCAGCAGAACACGAAAAUAAUAUAAUAUCAUUAUUGUAGCCGUUUCGAGGAUAUAGACACACGCACACCCACCCACGCAACACUGAAAAACCGUCAUGAUCUUCACCGGCACAACGCGGGUCGCUUUGACCGUGGUCACAGUAUUCGCAUGGUUUGCGGCAGGUCAAAGGAUUACAACAAUACAGUUGGAUGGCACUCAGUACUACAUCAGCAGGAUGAAUCCAUAUUCAGCGGAAUUAAACUACUUUUUGGCAUAUGAAUAUUGCAGAUCAAUUGGAUUGCAAUUGGCUUCAUUUGAAACGUUGGAAAAAACGAACUCUAUAUCGGAUUUCUUAAGAAAUGCUGGUUACAAUAAAUUCGACUAUUGGACGUCUGGAAACCGCUUGGGCACCGACAUGCUCAUCUGGAUGUCUACAGGUCUACCGUUCAACACGACUUUCAACCAAAUGAAACGGCCGAACAACCCGGACAACAAUGGUCUGGACAACGAAGACUUGAAGAUGAACGCCAGACCGGAACUGCCCAUAGCUAGGAAAAAGAGGGGCGAGAGUGGUUCCAGAGACGGAUGCGUCGCGAUCAAAGCGCCCAACAUGGACUGGGUGACGGCCGACUGUACUGACCUGAAGGACUUCAUUUGCGAACAGACCAGGUGUUAUUAUUACAACUACGGGUCGAUUCCGGUGUCCUCCAGCCAGGGUUUUGGUUAUAAACAAAAAGCUACAGCAGUCCCAAUUCACUCAAACAUAUCUUUGGAGGAAAACACUUCCACUCCGACAACUACUACUACCACCACUACUACCAUAAAUCCCACCACAACUACCACCAUUGCAUCCACAACAUCCGAAAUCUCUACCACCACCACCAGCACCACCACGCCAGCUUCGCCCGCUGUUAUGGUCACGACCCCCGCCGCCGCCGCGGAGGGCUACGUGGCUACCGAAAUCCGCCGGAAGUCGGGGGACGACGAUGGCAACGACGACGAGGCUCCUAGGUCGGCGGAACCCGAACCCGAACCCGAACUGACGGUCGCGACGACAUCCGGUCCGGUGGUCGACGACUCGCCGUCCGCGAGCACGAACGAACCGCUGCAAAUUGGAUAUCAAGAAUCACAGACCGAUGAACAACAGUCGACCGACGGACGAGCGGACAGUCAGUAUUAUACCACCGAACUUCCUACGCUCAUCCAGAUGCACAAUCAACAACAGCACGAACAACAACAGCACGACCAACAGGUGCACAGGCAUCAUCAACGUGACGAGGUGCAACAGCGCGGGAAACAGGAAGUAGAUCGUCGAGAUCAACUGCAGCAGCACAACGACGCGUACGCUUUCGAAUCGCUGGAAAAGGCUUUUGCCACCGCAGUGCCACACAAGAUUCGAUCUACCAAGGACUUGGAACAGCCCAAAGACGUCGCCGCAGCAGCAGCAGCAGCUACCGGUGAUCUACAGUUACCGUGGUCGUGGGCAAAAGACAUAAUGUUGCAAAAACCCGUGUUGAAAAAGUCAUCGCAAGAAGUCGCUUAGUUCCAUAACAAUGGGCGAGUCUUACGUUUAGAAUAUUGUCAUGUUUGUUUAAAGAAAACAAUUUUUUUUUUAAAAAACAAGAAUUAUUACGUAUGACAUUUGAAAAUCAAAAAUCAACCACAAACCUAAACUUCGUUCAAACGUUGCUCUCUUCCGCGUUUCUCCCUACACGUCAUUAUUAUCUGAAGUGAAUUAUUACACUACGAUAUUAUGCAAUUUAUUAAUUUAGUCAUGUAUAAUUAUUAAAAUCCGUUCUCAGCGCUUAAUUAUGUGGAGUAAUGGUGGUACAUUUAAAUAUUUAAUUUCAUGUGAUUACCUACCUAUUCAUUUUUUUAUAAUUUUAUUUAGAAUAUAGUUAUGCAAAUAAUGAACAAAUCACAUCGGUAUAAUAUAAAAGAAAAUAAUAAGUAGAAAGACUGAUCGAAUUUUUUUUAUCUCGUUUUUACUUAUUAUAUUCUUUUGCGUCUAUCGAUUAUUAUUUUAUUUUGUAUAUAUUAAUUUUUAUAGAUUCUCUCUUAGACUAAUGACUAAUAAUGUACUUUAAUAUUUAAUGGUAAUCAUUUUGAAUAAAUCAAGUGAUUGAAAACGAAAAAA